UUGCCAAGGGAGCGCAAGCAUCGAACAACGGCACAGACAGUGGCUCGGACAUGUGUGAAUGCCUUAACUGCCAGCGUUCAUUCCCUGCAGCAAGGUUUGCCUCUCACAUGGACAAAUGCAUGGGGCUUUCGAGUCGCCGCACAGCUACCCGAAGGUCGGCGGUCAAUAGUGCAGCGUCAACGCCCAACUAUCCUUUGGCAAAUUAUGACUCGUCGAGCGAGCAGAGUACAGAUCGCAAACGUAAGUUUAGAAGCAUUGUGAGAAUUAGAACAACGGGGGUUUAAAAAGUUUGAAUAACCCGUUUUGGCUGAUUGAUGCACAUUGUUCGAUGUGGCUGGUAGUAUGCUCUCUUUAAACUGCCCCCCCCCUUGUCCUGCUCUCUCCGAUAUCCACAAAGGCGUGUGACCUGUCCAUGCCCAUUUUGUUGUUUUGUUUUGAUUUGUUUUGUUGCAGGACGAGGGUACCUUAUUUUUGUUUUUGGAGCCGGGUCAUUUUUUUUGCUUAGACAUGUCGCUUCUUAUCUUUGGAUCAUACAUCUUGCGAGUCUGGUCUGACUGCUAAUGCCAGAAGAGAUACCAUGUCCCCUAUGUUCCAUUUUUUGUUUUCUAUUAGGCAAGCUGCCCAUGGGCUCGGCAAAAGAUGUUGCGGCAGCCACGCGCAGAAAGACCAAGCGCAAGUAAAAAAGAUAUUGUGCCUUUUUCUUACUGCCAAAAAA